AUGGACUUUUUUGAGGAUGGGGGUUUUUUCCUGUAUGGUUUGCAAAUUUUUCAAAAAUUACCGUUGGGGUUUUUUCCUGGAAAAUUCCAGGAAUUCUACUUUUCAGUCAUUUUCAUCAGAAAAAAAAGGACAGGAAAAAAAAACCCUAGGGUUUUUUUCAGGACAACCCAAUUAGAAUGCUAUUUAAACUGUUUUCACAAUUUAUUUGGUUUAAUUUUAUAA